CCCGCCGGGUGCCACGCCCGCCACAGGCCAAGGGCCAGUCACCCGCGGGGCCGGCGUCCCGCAGCCCAUCCGCGGCCCCGCCCCUGUCCCGCCGCGGGCUAGGUAACGGUUACGAAGCACUUUUCCCGCUGCGAUUUCUGCUUAGUCAUUGCCUUCCAGGAAACAACUCCCUCGGUUUGAAGCCAACUCUCCUGCGGCGGGACCGCAGUACCAGCAUCCACAGCCACCAGCGCCUCCCUCCCGGACCGCUCUUCCCCGCCGCUACCGCCGGGCCUCCCUCGGGCCCAAGUGCAGGCCGUAGUCCGGCCGCGCGAGGUCGGCAGCCUCACGCUCGGCUCUCCGCCUCGGGCAUCCCGUCCAGCGGAGCGGCCGCCUUCUCCGCUCGCUCGCCCGCGGCUUCGUCUCUGCUUCGCCCCCUCGGGCCGCUGCUGCCAUGGGCACCGACAGCCGCGCGGCCGUGGCGCUCCUGGCGCGGGCCCGCACCCUGCACCUGCAGACAGGAAACCUGCUCAACUGGGGCCGCCUGCGGAAGAAGUGCCCGUCCACGCACAGCGAAGAGCUUCGGGAUUGUAUCCAGAAGACCUUAAAUGAGUGGAGUUCCCAAAUCAGCCCAGAAUUGGUCAGGGAGUUUCCAGAUGUCUUGGAAUGUACUGUAUCUCAUGCAAUAGAAAAGAUAAAUCCCGAUGAAAGAGAAGAAAUGAAAGUUUCUGCAAAACUGUUCAUUGUAGGAUCAAACUCUUCAUCAUCAACUAGAAAUGCAAUUGACAUGGCCUGUUCAGUCCUUGGAGUUGCACACCUGGAUUCUGUGAUCAUUGCUUCACCACCUAUUGAAGAUGGCGUUAAUCUUUCCUUAGAGCAUUUGCAGCCUUACUGGGAGGAAUUAGAAAAUUUAGUUCAGAGCAAAAAGAUUGUUGCUAUAGGUACCUCUGAUCUAGACAAAACACAAUUGGAGCAGCUGUACCAGUGGGCACAGGUAAAACCAAAUAGUAACCAAGUUAAUCUUGCCUCCUGCUGUGUGAUGCCACCUGAUUUGACUGCAUUUGCUAAACAGUUUGACAUACAGCUAUUGACUCAUAAUGAUCCCAAAGAACUACUUUCUGAAGCAAGUUUCCAAGAAGCUCUUCAGGAAAGCAUCCCUGACAUUCAAGCACACGAGUGGGUGCCACUCUGGCUCCUGCGAUACUCUGUUAUUGUUAAAAGCAGAGGGAUUAUUAAAUCAAAAGGCUACAUUUUACAAGCUAAAAGAAGGGGUUCUUAACUAUGACUUAUGAUCAUAACCUAUUGACUUUGUCUUUUCCUUGAAUAUAAGAUAAAAUUCAGAUGUGUAAAAAUCUAAAUGGUGUCUUUGAGGCAGAUAUUCUUUAAUUAUAUUUGACAAUAUGUUGUCUGUCAAGUAUUAAAUACUUUUCUUGCCUUCAUAUUAGUUCACUCACAUGAACCAUUUUAUUGUUUUCAUUAGUCUAUUGUUUUCUAAUUGAAAUUAUCUAUAAAGAAAAUACUUGCAAUAUAUUUUUCCUUUAUUUUUAUGACUAAUAGAAAUCAAGAAAAUUGUUGUUAGAUAUAUUUUGGCCUAGGUAUCAGGGUAAUGUAUAUACAUAUUUUUUAUUUCAAAAAAAAGUUUCAUUAAUUGCUUCUUACUUUAUAGUAUAACUAAGCAAUUUAAUUACAGUUGUUAAAACUGAAAUACUGGAAGAUAUUUUUCCUGACAAUAAAAUAAUUAUAUCUUGGAGUAGCUGGGAUCUACUAGUAGUGUAAAUAAAAUUGAUUUCUUCAAUACAUGAA